AUGUCCGGAGGAAAAGGAGGAAAAGCAGGAACUACAGAAAAAGCAUCUACAUCUAGAUCCGCCAGAGCUGGAUUAACUUUCCCAGUUGGUAGAGUUCAUAGAUUGUUGAGAAGAGGUAACUAUGCCCAGAGAAUUGGUUCUGGUGCACCAGUUUAUAUGACUGCCGUUUUGGAAUAUUUGACUGCCGAAAUUUUGGAAUUGGCCGGUAACGCCGCCAGAGAUAACAAAAAGACAAGAAUUAUUCCAAGACACUUGCAAUUGGCCAUCAGAAAUGAUGAGGAGUUGAACAAGUUGUUGGGUAACGUCACUAUCGCUCAAGGUGGUGUUUUGCCAAACAUCCAGCCUUCUUUGUUGCCAAAGAAGAGAGCAAGAGCUUCCCAGGAGUUGUAA